CAGGCGGGCGGCAGGCGGGCGGCACUCGGCAGCCCGCCGCCACCGCAGUUGCCGCGGCGCGCGUCCGCCGGCCGCGUGGUAUGAGCCGCCGGCCCCGCCGAGCAGCGAGCGCGUCGCCGACUCGAUGCCUCGCGGCUCUCCGCGCUGCCGUGUGCGCCCGCAACUGCCUUGAGGAGAAAUCCGUUUGAUCUGGCGCGGUCAGGCGAGCGUGUAAUUGGUGCAGCGAAGCGCGCGGGCGGCACGCGCAUGGCGGCCGGCCCCUGACGCCGCGCCAUGCGCGCUCGCCGGCCGCCCCGCUCCCGUGCCUCGCUCGCGCUUCUCAUCGUGCUGCCCGUGCUCGCGGCUUCGGCGCCAACACCGGACUUCACUCCACUCCUGUUUAUACUUCGCUCCGCGUGCCCUUUUGCCGAUCCGCAACUACAUUCUGAGCACAAUCUUCGCAGCUACGCUACUGCUACACAGCGCAACAGACUCUUGUCACGUCCGUUUCGUAUUCUGACUUACGAUGAGACGUGUGGUGAAAACUCGAGCCUUACGAUUACGCGUAAUUCCCUGGUCACGUUGGGUGCUGGAGGAGUGUGUGUGUACGUAGGAUGGCCUGGGGCGGAGGCUUGCAGCGCUGCGUCCACAGCGGCCCACGCAAUGGGUCUCCCGCAGCCGGCAGCUUGUGCUGCAACAUAUGCGCGCGCUUCUGUGCUGACUUUUCUAGCACGUCGCUUGCAUUGGAGGCGAGCCCUCCUCGAGCCCGAAUCGACUAUGUCCUCAGAAUGUAAAAUAGCCAUUAACCAAAUAGAAUCAGCUUUACUCACUGCCGGUGUUCAAGUUCACAGGGAAUCACUUGAUUUAGAAACAAUUAACAAUUUCCAUGUAUCAGUGAUUUGUAAUGAUCAAUCAAAAAAUAAACGUGGGAAUAUUGUUUCGAUGGUGAUUAUUCUGCACAUAAUAGACUCGUAUAAUAUCGCGAGACAAGAGAUUCCAUUACCUACUCAAACUUUGAACAUCGUUAAUGCUACAUCUGACCUCGACCCAUAUGAGGAAACUUUUCCGUCGCCUUCGAGCUAUAUCAUAGGCUCUCAUCAUAAGAAUCUUACUUACGUUUUACGUCACAAAACUGCAGCAACAUCUCCUAAUGAAAUUCAAUUAAAUUUGUCAGAUUCCGAAAGUAAAUUAAUUAUUAAUCAAAAUAUUGAUAAAAGUAGUACAAUUUCUUCUCGUUUGUAUGGUUUGGAUUCCGUAAACUAUCUCAAAGCUAUUGUUCUUGCUGAUAUUGAUAAUUACGAAUCGAACAAAACAUACGACAAUGCCAUUGAUGCUUUAAGGUUAUAUUAUUCUGGAAAAAAUACUACAGUAGAAAACAUUUUCCAAAUGUAUGAAAGCAAAUUAGUAAAUGGAACGCCAACGUGGGUACCUAUUACACAAUUAAUAACAAAGUCAAAAGAAUCUAAAGAUUACAGCAAGGUAUGGGAGACUGAUGUGUUAUGGGAAAGGACAGUAGAUAUUGAUAUUUGGUGUAAAGAACAUGUUGCACAACGCGUUGAAGAAAUGUAUGAUAUGUCAAUAAUUUCUAUAAGAAGCUCAACAGCGACAUCGGGUAUUCUGUGUAUAGUCGGCGCAGCGGUUAUCGCACUAGGCGCCAUUGGCCUCACAAUUUUUACAACGAGGCGGACGCUUGCUAAGCGAAUGCAGCGACGUCCCCGAGCAGCAGUUAUUUUAGCCGCUGCUGACUUUCAAUUUCCCGCUGACGAACAACGCCGCGUGGGCGAAGGAAUGGAAACUAUGUUGACGUGGUUGCAGCAGCUCCACGACUUGAAUGGGCCGGAACCCGAUAAACCGGACCUGUUGAAGCGACCGACGGCGCCCUCGGCGCCUUCCUCUACCUGUAGCGUUACACGUCUCCCGCCUGAUGGCCGAAUCCGCUACAAGGGCGAUCCUGUUCACAUGAAAUAUUUUCCAGCAACAGGACUAGAAUUGAAACGAAAAGCAAUAGAUAUACUUUUAGUCAUGCAAAGUCUACGACACGAGAACCUGAAUCCAUUUAUCGGGUGCUUAUGCGAAGUUCGGCCGGCGUUAGUUCUGGAGCUGUGCAGCCGCGGCUCGCUGGAGGACGUGCUGGUCGCAGACGACAUCCGCCUCGACUGGACGUUUCGCUUGUCGCUGCUGACGGACCUGGUGCGCGGCAUGCGCUAUCUGCAUGGCUCGCCUCUGCGCGUGCAUGGCCGCCUCACUUCGCGCAACUGUGUUGUCGAUUCACGCUGGGUGUUGCGCAUCACGGAUUACGGAGUCCCAGCGUUCACACACACCCAGUCGCUUCCAAUGCCUACGAGAACAGCCCGCGAUUUGUUAUGGUCUGCUCCAGAGUUGCUAAGAGCUGGAGAAGCGGCACAGGGAACCCAAGCCGGGGACGUAUUUUCAUUUUCUAUUAUAAUGCAAGAAGUUAUUGUACGAGGUGAACCUUAUUGUAUGUUGGCAUUAACACCAGAAGAGAUAAUUGAGAAAUUGUGUCGACCUCCUCCACUGAUCAGACCGUCGGUGUCAAUGGGCGCAGCACCGCCUGAGGCAGUUAACGUGAUGCGGCAGUGCUGGAGCGAGCAGCCAGAUAUGCGACCCGAUUUCAAUGGCUUGUAUGAAAUCUUUCGACAUUUGCAUCGCGGCCGCAAAAUAAAUAUUGUCGACUCGAUGUUUGAAAUGUUAGAAAAAUAUAGCAAUAAUUUAGAAGAAUUAAUUAAGGAACGCACGGAGCAACUUGACAUGGAGAAAAAGAAAACUGAACAAUUACUUAAUAGAAUGCUUCCUAGAUCGGUGGCAGAGCGUCUGAUGUUUGGAUUGCGCGUGGAGCCGGAGGAGUUUGAAGAAGUGUCUAUUUACUUUAGCGACAUCGUCGGCUUCACAGCCAUCGCGGCGCGCUCCACCCCCGUGCAGGUCGUCGAUCUCCUCAAUGACCUUUACACUACUUUCGAUGCUGCUAUAGAGCAAUAUCGCGUCUAUAAGGUGGAAACCAUUGGCGACGCUUAUAUGGUAGUUGGUGGGCUUCCUAUACGUUGCACGGAUCACGCCGAGAACGUGGCAACUAUGGCGCUGCACCUGCUGCACCUAGCUGGUCGGUUCCGUAUACGGCAUUCCCCUGCUACGCCUCUUCACCUGCGCAUCGGACUUCACAGUGGAGCAUGCUGCGCCGGCGUCGUGGGACUGACCAUGCCCCGUUACUGCCUCUUCGGUGACACAGUCAACACUGCGUCACGAAUGGAGUCUACCGGGGCAGCAUGGCGCAUCCAGGUGUCGAGUGCGACUGCGGAGCGACUGGUGGCAGCGGGUGGCUAUCGCCUGCGCUCGCGAGGCCUCACGCAAGUGAAGGGCAAAGGCGCUAUGCACACCUAUUGGCUGCUCGGCAAGGACGGCUUUGAUAAGACACUUCCUACGCCUCCACCGCUAGAAUCAGAAGAAGUGUUAUUUGAGACGGAAGCCGAAAAUGAAAGCGAUAUUUCUGAUGAGCCUAUUCCUCUUUCUACACAAGCAGUGGAGAGGCAGUGCUCCGACCCCUCUUCGGGCGGUUGGCAGCGGUCGGGCGCGCUGUCGGCGGACAGCUCGCCGCCGGCGGGCGCGCGCUACCGCUACCUGCGCGCCUCCCUCUCCACCGUGGCCGGCGCGCUCGACACGCCGCGCCUCUCCGAUCGCCGCGUGACCAGCGGCACGCGUGUCCUACGGCGGCAGUGGUCACUGGAGCGGGGAGACGCGCUAGCAGCAGCGGCGGCCGAGGGGCCCGCUGAAGCCUCUCCGGCGCAGGAGCCGCUGGCCCUGCGCGCGCCCCCUCCCCGCGCCGCACCGCCGCGCUACCGCACGCGUCCCGACGUGUCACAGAGUAGCGACGGCGAACGGUAGCCCAGCCUGCGCCAUGUCGCCCUCCGCGUGCCGAGCCCCGCGUGCUGCGUCCCCGCACCGCACCUCCCCUGCGCCAGCGACGCGCGCAAUCCCCACCAAUUCCCUGACAAUAAUAUUAAUGUCGUUUCUAACGGAAUUUGAUCGACUCAUAAUUAUAUUUUACUUCGUCGUUCAUAGUUCUUAAUAUUAUAAUUAUUAUAGUCUUCGUGAAUUAGUGAUAGUUGAUGUCGAUUAUUUAUUUUUUUUACGAGUGCUCCUCACGUUUAAAAUUUCGACUUGGUAAAACGUGUAUUUUUGA